UUUCAGAUGUGAAAAGUUUUUUCUCGCAAAAAAAACUACAAAAUGCACCUUCAACGACCACCUUCAUCAUUUACUACGUCAACUUCUGCAAAACCUGAUGUUGCAUGGUCAUCUUUUUUAAUGGUUUACUCAAUUCCGUUUAUAUUGGUUCUCACAGUGGCGUGCAUUAUAAAGUGGCGACCAAUGAGGGAAUUUCCAAAUUUGAGAAGUUUUUUCAGCUGGUACUGCUCAUGCUCUCCUAAAAAAGUGAUACAAGAACUUGAACAACCUGAUCGUACACAUAUGAUAAUGUCAAUUGACGCACAGAGUCUUGCAUCAAUGUCUUCAGUUAUUGAUUCACCACUUCUUGUCCGAAGGAAUGAAGAAGAAAGUCGAAAGUUUGAAUCAACUGCCAUUCCCUGACCUGAUUUUCAAAUAAUUUCAAAAUUCAAAAUUCAAAACAUUUCCAUCACUUUCUCAUCCGCCAUCUUUCUGUGAUUGAUUUUAAUAAAUUUAUGUAAAAUUAAUGAAAGACAUUAUACAUCAAAAUAAUGAAAAUAAAUGUUCUGAAACC